AUGGACACACCCCGCGGCUUGGGAGCACUCUCGAAGACCCCGCAGUUUCACAAGGUCGCAGGCCAGAAGUUCUCAGUGAAGUGCCAGUACCCACCCUCAAGCAGGCCCUACCUCAGGAAGAGCUGGUGUAAGGAAGUGUCUGAGUACCUCUGCAACACCCUGGUCACCAGCUCAGGUCCCCAAACAUGGGCUCAGUCCUCCUGAUUUGCAAUCUGGGACAACCGUGCUGGUUUCUUCAGAGUCUCCAUGGUUGACCUGAGGGAGGAGGACUCAGGACACUACUGGUGUAGAAUCUCCCAUGGUUGCAGCAACUCUGAGUCCUUUAGGUUCUAUCUGGCCAUUGUCUUCAGGCAACACAACCUCACUAUCUGCUCCAACCCCACAACCUUCCCUGCCCUGAUCCCUGCACUUUGCAGCUUCCUGGUGGCCAAGAACCUGGUCCUGUCAGCCCUGCUGGUCAUGUGAGUGUGUCUUGGGUAGACUUGGAGGGGAAAUAGAGC